AACUGAAUGUGUGUUGCCUUCCAGUCGACAGUGAAUAUUGAUUCACAUUUCACUUUGCCCCUUGACACAGACUUCGUCGAAAAUGCAACGAGUGUUUCGCCCCAUCUCGAGGGCCGUUGAGGCCAUCCGUUGCAAGCAGCCCCGGCUCCCCCAGCACCGAAGCCCACUUUCGACCACAGCUGGGCCCACGACUGCAGGCGGCCAAUCCCAUCAUCACCAUUACUAUUCAAAACACAAUACCCCUCGCCGCUUCUGGUUUUGGACUCUGGUGGGGGGUGGUUUGGGGUACUCGGUCAUGGCUGGAGGCGACUCAAGAUGCAAGACUAAACGCCGAACGGAUCGAGCGUUUCGUGACGUGGAAGUCAAACAUCGUGAGCUCAAGGACGACUUGAAUCGGCUGCAAUUGUCUCUGGAUCAAGUGCGCGGACAAGCGAUGGUGCACCGUCCGUCGUUGCAAGAUAUCUACUUGCGUCAACACAUUGAAGCGGUCAACCAAUGAGGAUAAUUAGCGUUUUCGGUGCGACAUCAUUUUUGUAUUCAAAAAUUUCUACGACUCUCCGUCUUACCGGUAUCGUCAGCCCCAAUCCUGGCACCUCUUGCCUCGCGUAUAAGGGGCAAUUACAUGACUACGCCUAGUUGACAGGGAUACCGUGGCACAGAGGUAGUGCGAUCGAUGCAAAGGCAAGUCGAAUCCAUUGUGUGUGCCAUUACUACAGUACCACUGAUAAUUCUUUGUGUGCUUCUCCAA